UAGUACCUGCAUGGAGUCUGCACUAGUGUUGGCUGCCAUUUGCCAUUUGCCAAGACGUCCUCUACGGGCGUCAAGAGGGCAAGAGGGGCAGUGGGGCCUUGAAUCUGCUCUACAGCAUGUGCCCUGUUGCUCCCUCUAAUAUAGAUCUGUUCCUUGUGAUUACACUGGUGUCCUUUGGAAGGUUGGAGGCAGCCACAGAGCCUUGCCCAAUCCCAUGCCAUUGUACCUUGGAAAUCCUCAACUGCAGCAGGACCACCAACCCCCCUGGACUCCACCGUGUGCCAUUUCCCAAACCUUAUGGACAUCCCCGUGUUUUUUUCUUCUUGGACUUCACUGAUAAUGCCAUUUCUUCCAUUGGAAAAGAUGUGUGGAGAGCCUACCCUUGGGCUGAGUACCUGAUUCUCAAGGGUAACAGAUUGAGCAAACUGAAGAAUACUUCUCUGGAUGGACUACUUUCACUUACACACCUGGACUUAUCGCGUAAUAAAAUCAACAUCAUUGAGAAGAAUGCAUUUGAACCUGUCCCAUUUUUGCAGUUUAUAAAUCUCAGUGGUAAUGCUAUAGGCCGGAUCACAGAGGGGGCGUUUCAGGCAUGGCAUGGAAUGCAGUUUUUGCUAAAUAUGAUUCUCAACCACAAUCCCCUGACUGCUCUUGACGAUCCUUAUUUUUAUAAACUUCCCUCACUGAAGUUUCUUGAUUUAGGUGCUACAGAGAUUGUCCCCAAGGUCGUGGUGGACAUACUGAAUACCUCCAUUUGGCUGAAAACACUCAUCUUGCCCAGGAAGAUGCCCUGUUGCCUUUGCCAUAUUCAGGAUGACACCGAAGUUUUGUGUGAGACGGUCAAAUUGGAUUGCACAGAGACAUGCGACGUAAACACCACUCUGUGUGACCAAGAAGAGGCUUUAAAUAAGAUGCAGAACGAAAUCAUGAAGCUCUUAGAAACCAGGAAGCGGAAUACAAGCAGCACCUUGACCAUUCUUCCCGAGAAGCCUCUACAGGACAACUCGACCCUGGCACUCACAGUGACCCAGGGCCUCUCGCAUUUCGGCAUCCAUUUCCAAAACCUCACCCCACACCUUCUCAUAACAGUCAACCAAUUAAGCAACCUGAAGGCUGAUGACUUUAUGGAUGUGAAGUGGGCAGACAAAAGUGAGCUGAAAAAACUGUACAUCCUGGCCAAAUUGCUGCAGGCGGCCCUGAAAGAAAAAAUAGCAGAAUAUGAAAAUGAGAGUCAAAGGACAGGAGAGCAAAAAGAAACCUCUGCACAAGUUUCGGACCAGUCUGAGGCUCCUUUGAUGAGAGUGAAAAGAUACCAGGAAGAAGUCAAGAGAGGCAAUUGGUUUGGGAAAAUUCCCAGUAUGGGAGAAUCAUCUCUGGGAUGGGGCACAGAAUUUCCAAAGGCUGUCAUGCAACAAGAUGCAGAGCAGCAAAUCAGCCUAGAUUUACACAGAGGUGCUCAGCCCAGACAGAGGAAGCUAUCCUGGGAACUAGAACACGAAAGCAUGGCUUCCCUUCUCAGGCAUCAACGAGCUGCUGCAUUUCCGCCUGCUGGGAAGUGUUCCCAGGGCUCAGGGGCUCCCUCCUUGAUGGCUUCCAUUGUGGUGGAUGACGAUGCUGCAGAUGACUUAACAGGCAAAGUUGUUAUUAUCCUGAAGCACUCCAACAAAUCAAGAAAGCCCACCAAUGAAGCGUUUCAGAAUCCAGUCAGGAAACAGGAGGAAGAAGCAUCUGGUAGCCAGCAUGAUCUGUCAGAGAGUCAACCGGGCCGCUGUUCAGAUAUUCCUAACAGAGAGUGCUCAGAAGAUUUCAUGCCAGGAAAUAAAUUGGAUUCUCAAAAGGAUCAGGAGCUCCACCGUCUCAUGCACAAAGGGGAGAAAUCCCAGAUGCCAGCUGAGGACACUGAAAUGCUGAAUGAGCUCUCACCAGACAUCAGUCUAUCCCAAGAGACACGUUGGGAGCAUCAUGAACAAUCAACCUCUGCUUCUCCACAGGCCACCUUCUUGCCAUCUGAGGAUGACUAUUUACUUCAGAGUGACCUGUUUGAGGCUGAAGUGAACAAGCGCUUGGAGCCUCUCAUCCCAAAUAUGCCAGUGAGGAACCUCAUAUCUCAUGUGAUCCGGAUCCUGAAAAUGGACUGUUCGAAGCCCACCAUCAAGAUGGCUUGUGUUAAGCUCAUAUCUAGGACAGGCCUCCUUAUGAAGCUCUUUAGUGAGAGAGAAAACCUCAAAGAGACCUCCUCCUUCCUGAAGUCAUAUCUUGGGCCCCUCAAAGGCAACUUGAGCACAGCUAACCAAAGGAAUGAGGGGAAACCUUCUGAUGAGCUAUCAAGGCAGGGGAUGCCGGAAUAUGGGUACAACAACAAGCUCUUGUUGGCUAUUUCAGUGACAGUGGUCAUAAUGGUUAUCAUAGCAGUAAUUUGUCUAAUUGAGAUCUGUUCUCAGCGUUCUGCCGCUAAAGCAAGGGAAGGCACUGCCGAAGAGAAGAGAUCUUUUCUGGGCAGAAGAAAGAAAAGUACACCAGAAAGGCAGAGUUCUAGAGGUUCUUCGGUUGAUAAUGCUCUGUGGCUCAAAGAACUGUAUCACCCUCUGGAUACAACAAGGAGAAAGAGCAUGGUUGAUAAGUUACAUGAUGAAGACUAUUCACAAGAUGAUAUAGUCAACUGGGCCAGUGCAAGACCACCAGUAGUCUCCGAGCCGCCUCCUGUGGAAAAGCGCAGUUCCGUAAAAAUAGAGGCUCGUCCACCUGAAGAGCCUCUUGUGAAAAAGGCCAGUUCAAAGAAACUGGCUCCGCCGCCACCGCCACCACCCCCUCCUGAACCAGCUGAACCAACCUCUACUGAAGAGGACACAGGCGAAGCCUCAAGUCCAAAGUUGGACCGGACAGGUGACCUGCACUGUCGAUUGGAAGACUUUGAAUUGACUUUCAACAUGGAAGUCCACCAGUGGGAUGAAUGCCCUGGCUUGUGCACAGUCCAGAAGGACUCCGACAUAGGUGAUUGUUUGCAACAGUUCCAGAUGAGAUUUUGCAUGGUUUACUUUGAGGCCGAGACCUUGAAGCGUGUCGAGCAUGAUGGUUGUUGCUCUCAUGGCAUUGUGGUGCGAUUUCGUGAAUAUCAGCCAGUCAUCAAUGUUGUCAAGAAUUUCAUCGAUCUUGUCAUCGAAGAGGCCCUCGCCAUCAAAUGGUAA